AUGCAGCAUAGACCUAACCAAUCUCAAGGGUUUAAUCAAAAAGCUCCAAAACCACCUCAAGUUAAGGCAUCAAAUAGUUUGGAUAACUUGUUGAAAGUGUACAUGAAAAAGAAUGAUGAUUUGGUCCAAAGCCAAGCAGCAACACUGAAAAAUUUGGAAAACCAAAUGGGUCAGUUAGCUACGGAGCUUCGUAAAAGACCACAAAGAACCUUGUCGAGCGAUACUGAGAAUCCAAAAAACUUGAGUAAAGAACAUAUCAAGAAAGUGGCAUUACGCAGUGGUAAAAUUUUGGAACCCCGAUUGAUUGAUGCCGAAGACGAGCCUGUUGAAAAGGAGGAAAGUCAACCAGCUGUAGAAAUUCCUACACCAAAAGAAUCAGAAACUGCAAAGACUGACAUGGUAAAUCCUAACUUAGUUAAUUCAUAUACUUUAACAUCUUAUUUGGAUGCAGAUUUACCUACUCAGAAGAGUUGUCCGGCCCAAUUGAAAGUUCCAUCACCUCCAUAUCCACAAAGAUUGCAGCAACACAAGCUGAAACAAGAGGAUGUACUAUCCAAGAAGAAACGACUGAGUGGGUAUGAGACUGUCGCCUUGAAAAAGGAGUGCAGUGCGUUCCUGCAGAACAAGCUGCCACCAAAAUUGAAGGAUCCAAAAAGCUUUACGAUACCCUAUAACAUUGGUGAAUCUUACUAUGAUUUUGAAGCAGAUAAGGAAGUGCCAAUUAUCCUUGUUAGACCUUUCCUAGCCACGGGAAGAACGUUAAUUGAUGUGCAGAAAGAAGAGUGUUCAGUUAUGGAAGAGUUGGAAACCUUGAUUUCUAUGGAAAGUAAUUUUGAAGAAGAUCCAUUAGAGAAAACCUUUGAGUUUGACCCUUUAGAGGAUGAAGAAAGUGAAGAAAACAUGGUUCUGGUGGAAGCCAAUCUGAGAAAUUUUAUUCAGCCCACACGGGACCAUGUUAAAACACAAGCGAAUUUGAAGGGGCAAUAUGUCCAAGGGUGCAUUACAAGUCAUGAUCUUGAAAAGUUAGUAGAGAAGGUGCAUGAGCUGAAUCAAGGUGAGCAAAAAGAAGCAACUGAGCCAGAUACUGAGGAGUCAACAAAUGAAACCGAAACUGAAUCAAUUACAGCCACUGAAGUAAAAGAAUCUGAUAAGGAAUCAAAAAAUCCUAAACCAGUUGAAGGAUCUAAAAACCUUGAAUCAAGGGUUGAGUUAAAAGAAGAACCAGUCAAGCUAAGUGUUGAACCUGAGUAUACAACUCCCAUGCUAACUUUUGCAAGUACUUCAAGGAAAUCAGAGUUGUCAAUAUUGAUGGAUAUGUGCAAAUGCCAUCUUUUAGACAUGGACAGAAGAUACUGA